AUGGCAACGAAUACAGACACAACUACAACACCUACUACUAAAAUCGAUUUUUCCGUAGCUGGUGAAACGAUUCAAUUCGGAAAUAACGAAAAAAAUAUUUUAGCUUAUUGGAAGCAAAUAAAUGCAUUCGAAACAAGUAAUAAGUUAUCAAAAGAUCGGCCAAGAUAUACAUUUUAUGAUGGUCCACCAUUCGCUACUGGUCUUCCACAUUAUGGACAUAUUUUAGCUGGAACAAUUAAAGAUACAGUUACUCGAUGGGCUUAUCAAACAGGACAUCAUGUUGAACGUCGAUUUGGUUGGGAUUGUCAUGGCUUACCAGUGGAAUACGAAAUCGAUAAAACACUUGAUAUUAAAGGUCCUGACGAUGUAGCUAAAAUGGGUAUUGCUACGUAUAACAAUCAUUGUCGACAAAUUGUUAUGCGAUAUGCACACGAAUGGGAAGAUAUUGUUGAUCGUAUGGGUCGAUGGAUUGAUUUUCGACGAGAUUAUAAAACUAUGUAUCCUUGGUUUAUGGAAUCAGUUUGGUUUAUUUUUAAACAAUUAUAUGAAAAAGGUUUUGUUUAUCGAGGCUUUAAAGUAAUGCCUUAUUCAAUGGGUUGUUGUACUCCACUAUCAAAUUUUGAAGCAGGUCAAAAUUAUAGAGAUGUUGAUGAUCCAGCUGUUUGGGUAUCAUUUCCACUUGUUGAUGAUCCAACAGUUAAACUUGUUGCUUGGACAACAACACCAUGGACAUUACCAUCAAAUCUUGCACUUUGUGUUAAUCCGAAUUCAACUUAUGUCAAAAUUCUUGAUAAAACUAAGCAUGAAGUUUUUAUUUUAAUGGAAAAACGUGUAUCUGAACUUUAUAAAAAACCUGAUAGUUAUCAAGUGCUAGAAAGUUUCAAAGGAUCUCAUUUGAAUGGAAUGCAUUAUACACCAUUAUUUCCUUAUUUUGCUCAUGUUAAAACAGCAUUUCAUGUAUUAUGCGAUGAUUAUGUAACAGAAGAUAGUGGUACAGGUGUUGUUCAUCAAGCUCCAUAUUUUGGAGAAGAUGAUUAUCGUGUUUGUCUUGCACAUGGUGUUAUUAAUAAAGAUACAGGACCUGUUGUUUGUCCAAUUGAUGCUCAAUGUCGAUUUACUGAUGAAGUUAAAGAUUUUCAAGGACAAGAUGUAAAACAUGCUGAUAAAGCUAUUAUAAAAUAUUUAAAAGAAGCUAAAAGACUUGUUCAUCAAUCAGUUAUGAAACAUUCAUAUCCAUUUUGUUGGAGAAGUGAUACACCAUUAAUUUAUCGUGCCGUUCCAUCUUGGUUUAUUCGUGUCGAAGGAAUGGUUGAUCGAUUAUUAGCAAAUAAUAGCAAAGCAUAUUGGGUACCUGAUUUUGUUAAAGAAAAACGUUUUGCUAAUUGGCUACGUGAUGCACGUGAUUGGGCUAUUUCACGAAAUCGUUAUUGGGGCAAUCCAAUGCCAUUAUGGAUUAGUGAUGAUGGACAAGAAAUUGUUUGUGUUGGUUCAAUUGAAGAAUUAAAACAAUUAUCUGGAGUUUCUGUUGAUGAUAUUCAUCGUGAAGUUGUUGAUGAAAUAACAAUUCCAUCACGAUUAGGUAAAGGUUUAUUACGUCGUAUACCUGAAGUAUUUGAUUGUUGGUUUGAAUCUGGUUCAAUGCCUUAUGCACAAGUUCAUUAUCCAUUUGAUGGACGUCGUACAUUUAUGGAUACAUUUCCAGCUGAUUUUAUUGCUGAAGGUAUUGAUCAAACACGUGGAUGGUUUUAUACAUUAUUAGUUAUUUCAACGGCUUUAUUUGAUCAACCACCAUUUAAAAAUUUAAUUGUUAAUGGCAUUGUUUUAGCAAGUAAUGGAGAAAAAAUGUCAAAAAGAAAGAAAAAUUAUCCUGAUCCAACAAAAAUUUUUGAUGAAUAUGGUGCUGAUGCACUUAGACUUUAUUUAAUAACAUCACCGGUUGUACGUGGUGAAUCACUUAAAUUUAAAGAAGAAGGUGUUCGAGAUAUUCUUAAAGAUGUAUUUUUACCUUGGUAUAAUGCAUUACGUCUUCUUAUUCAAUCAUGUGAUCAAUUAAAAAUUGAUAGAAAAGUUAAUUUUAUUUAUGAUGAAAAACGUUUAUAUGCAUCAAUGUCAUCAAAUACAAAUGUUAUGGAUACAUGGAUUGUAUCUUAUACACAAACAUUAUUGGAUUUUGUUAAACAAGAAAUGGAUGCUUACCGUUUGUAUACAGUGGUACCUCGUCUUGUUAAAUAUAUUGACAUGUUAACCAACUGGUAUGUCAAAUUGAAUAAGAAACGGUUUAAGGGUGAAACAAUCUUAGAAGAUUGUCUUGUUUCAUUAAAUGUCCUUUGUUAUAUUCUUUUAACAAUGGCUAAAUUAAUGGCACCAUUUACACCAUUUCUUGCUGAAUAUAUGUAUCAAAUCUUAAGAAAAUUAAUGCCACAAUCAUCAUCUUCUUCUGAACAAGAAUUAAGUGUUCAUUUUCAAAUGAUUCCAAAAUCACAUCAUUCAUUGGUAAAUAAAGAUAUCGAACGUGCUGUAGCUGCUGUACAAACAGUUAUUGGAUUAGGUCGAGUUGUACGGGAACGAAAAGUUGUUCCCAUGAAAUAUCCAUUACCAGAAUUUGUUGUUAUACACAAAGAUCCAUCCGUAUUGAAAGAUGUUGAAUCAUUAGAAGAUUUUGUUCGAGAAGGUUUAAAUGUACGCAAAGUAACAUUAUCACAAGAUCGUGAACUUUAUGGUGUUGAAAUGCGUGCUGAACCAAAUUAUCCAACAUUAGGCAAAAAAGCUGGUGCCAAAGUUAAAUCAUUAACUCAACAAAUUCGCGACAUGUCUGAUGCAGAUAUUGAAAAAUUGUUAUCAAAAGGUCAAGAUGAAAGUCCAUUAACAAUAAUUGAUGAAGUACCAAUUGAAUCGGAAGAUGUUCAUAUUGUUUAUCGUGUAGCGAAACAAACACGAUUUGAGGCUACUGCUGAACAAGGAUUUGUUGUUUUACUUGAUUAUACAGCUGAUGCGGCAUUAAAAGAUGAAGGUCUUAUUCAUGAAAUUACAAGUCGAGUUCAAAAACUUCGAAAAGAGGCUAAAUUAAUUCCAACUGAUGACAUUACCAUUUAUUAUUCAGUAGAACCACCAACAAGUGAAAUUGCUCGUGUUGCAUCUGAACAACGAGAUGAAAUUGAAGCUAUUCUUAAAAAACCAUUCGUUCCAUUGAGCAAUUUAACGAAUAAAGAAAAUAGCAAUAUGGUGAAAGAUGGUGAAAUUGACUUCGUCAUCACUCUCCAUACAGAAUCAAAAUGA